GGGGCUGGCGGCUGCCUCGGCGAGAUGGCGGCGCCCAGGCGGUGCGGAGCGUGACUGUGGGCCCGGCCGCGGGGAGCAUGACGCGGGCGGCAGGGGCCCGGGGUGGCCGCGGCGGGAGCCGGCAGCCGGGCAGGCUGCAGAAGCUGCGGCUGGCGGUGCAGGAGUUCGUGCAGGCGGCCGGGGACCUCGCCCCUCCGCAGCCCGGGCUGCAGCCCGCGGGGGGCCGGGGCAGAAGGAACCGCCGCGAGCUGAGGAAGGAGAAGCGCAGGCUCAAGCGGAGCCGCCGCCGCCGCCUGCACCACCAGGAGCCGGACGCCGGCGAGGAGCCGGGCGCGCCAGGGGCUGGCCGGGGCGAGCAGACGCAGGGCGUGGGGCGAUGCCCCCUCCCCGCCGCGGUCCCGGCCUCGCCGCCCCCGGGACACCAGCGCCCCCGCGAGGAAGCGAAGCGGCUCCCAGAGAAGGGCCCCAGCGCCGCUGCUGCGGCCUCUGCGCGGAAACGGGCCUUGCUGGCGGCCAACGAGGAGGAGGAGAAGGAGAUCCGGCGGCUGGAGCGGCGCCUGGGGCUCAGCAAGCGCAGGAAGCGGGGAGCCUCCUCCGUGCCGCAGAGCUUCGCCCGGGAUGGGCUGGGCUACGUGCUGGGGGCCCUGGAGCCCGAGGCCACCCUCUCCGGCCUGUAUGAGGAGAGCAGCGAGGAGGAGGCGGCUGAUGAGGGGCGCCUAGAUCAGGAUGAGGGGAAGGAUGAAGUUGAUAAGGAGGAUCUAGAUCUGGAGUCCCUAGAUGAUGAUCAGGAGGGGGAGCUAGAUGGGCAGGAGGAGGGGGAGGAGGAGGAAGAAGAGGAGGGGAGGAUGGAGGACACUUUAGAAACUUCAGAGGAGGCAGAUAUGGAAGGAAACUGGGAGAAUGAGCGGAAAGUAAGCGGAAAGUUGCCCAUGUCCCCAGAGGAUGGUGGUGACUAUAAACACUGUAAAGCCAAGACCUCCAGAGAAGCGAAGAGUCUUUGCAAUAGAGCUACGAAGUAUGUUCCCCCUCCAGUGAGAAGAGUUGACGAUACAAUGGAUGACAAAAAGAGGGAAGAACUUGGAAGACUGAAGAAAACAGUGAAAGGACUAAUUAACAGGUUGAGUGAACCAAAUUUGGCCUCCAUAAGUGGACAGUUGGAAGAGCUAUACAUGACUAACAGUAGAAAGGACAUGAAUGAAACUCUAACAGAUGUUCUUAUGAAUGCUUGUGUUACUGCAGCCGUGAUGCCAGUUAGACUGAUGAUGGAGCAUGUCCUUUUGGUCAGCAUUCUUCAUCAUACAGUGGGAAUUGAGGUUGGUGCUCACUUUUUGGAAGCUGUGGUGAGGAAAUUUGAUGAAUUCUAUAAAAGUGACGCUGAAGGGAAAGAAUGCGAUAACCUGUUUGCCUUGAUUGGCCAUCUGUAUAACUUUCACGUAGUGCAUUCGCUGCUGAUCUUUGAUAUUCUCAAGACGCUUGUUAGCAGUUUUGCAGAAAAGGACAUUGAACUGAUUCUGCUCCUCUUGAAAAAUGUGGGAUUUUCCUUGAGAAAAGAUGAUGCUUUGGCCCUGAAGGAUCUGAUUAGUGAGGCCCAGAACAAAGCAAAUGCUGUGGGGAAGAAAUUUGAGGACCAGUCUAGGAUUCGCUUUAUGCUAGAGACUAUGCUGGCACUAAAAAACAAUGACAUGCGGAAAAUCCCAGGGUAUGACCCUGAGCCAGUUGAGAAGCUGCGCAAGCUGCAGAGAACACUGGUUCAUAACAGUGGCUCUGGAAGAGAGACUCAACUUCGUGUGUCAUUGGAAUCUCUCCUCAGUGCUGACCAGGUUGGCCGUUGGUGGAUAGUAGGGUCAUCUUGGAGCGGAGCACCAAUGAUUGAUAGUACUAACAGCAAGACUCAGCACAAAUUGCCUGUAGGAAAGAUGAGUUCAAAGAUAUUGGAGCUUGCUCGUAAGCAGAGAAUGAACACGGACAUCAGGAGAAAUAUAUUUUGUGUCUUGAUGAGUAGUGAAGACUUUUUGGAUGCAUUUGAAAAACUUUUGAAGCUUGGACUUAAAGAUCACCAAGAGAGAGAGAUAGUUCAUGUUCUCAUUGACUGUUGCCUACAGGAGAAGACAUAUAACCCCUUCUAUGCAUAUUUGGCUAACAAGUUUUGUGAAUACGAUAGAAGAUUUCAGAUGACAUUCCAGUUCAGUAUAUGGGACAAAAUCCGAGAUUUGGGAAACCUGUCAACCACUACUUUCUCCAACCUGGUUUCUCUGUUGGCCCACUUGCUGAAGACAAAAUCUCUCUCCCUAUCAGUCUUCAAGGUAAUUGAAUUCAGUGAACUGGAUAAACCCAAAGUCCACUUCUUGCGGCAAGUGUUAUAUAUACUAUUAAUAAAAACAGACUUGGAAGAACUUACCAGCAUUUUUGGAAGGUUAACUGACAACCCAAAAUUAGGAAUGUUGCGUGAAGGUUUGAAGCUUUUCCUUUCCCACUUUUUCCUGAAGAACGUACAAGCACACAAAAGCGCUGAAGAAGCCAGCUUACUAAAAGAAAGAGUCGAACUAGUAAGCAGGACUUUGCAAGCCAGAGAAUCCAGAUUAAAACUAUAGUUUUAUUUUCAAAUAAGCCUGCGUGGAAAAUAAGGACUUCAUGAAACCACAAAGCUGAUCUUGACAAUGUUUUUCACAGGCCAAAGACUUGAGAUGCUGAGCAGGAUUGUAAUGCUGCAAAGGACCCCCUAUUUUGAGGUGAUGUAGGAUUGUACACUCCUAAAAAAUGGUUUCAAGUUUGGGGGAAAAUAGAAACAUAAAAUACUGAAGAAGGAAAAAAGUAUAUAUCUUUAUACAUUGUUCAUUGCUUUAAAAACUAUUGUCUUCCCCAUACACCUCCACUCUGUAUACCUCAUUUGCCAGUUAUCAUCAGGCAAGAUAGCUGAGUUUCCUUUAAAGUUUAGUUAAUACCACUUACCAGUCAGCAAGAGGUAGUGUUCAGCAACCCCAAGCUUCUAGCCUUCCUAAUUCCUGGAAGAUCAUGGAGUAAGAUUGGGUUUGAUAUUCAGAACUGUUCAUUUUUGUACAGAAUAAAUAAAACCGAAUUUUGUUUCUGUGCUAUA